AUGGCAACAGGCAGAUCAGCUAGAAAGCGGGCGAUAGAGCCCGUAGAAGAGUCCGCCAGUUCCGAUGAAGACUUCCAGGUGAAUGGGUUGAUUGACGAUAGCGACAGUGACGAGAGCGAGUAUGAGGAGCUGGACCAGAGCCUUGAUGAGGCUGAGGUCGAACGAGUGCUUGACGCAGAUGCUGGCUUAGAGAGUGAGACUUCAGCCGAAGAGUCAUUGGACGAGGAAGAGAUCGAGGGAGCGCUUGAGAAAGAAGGCGCCUUUGAAGAGGAGGAAGGUGAAAAUGUUUCCGAUUCAGACUCAGAUUCUGCCUCCGCCGAUUCAGACUCAGAACUAAAUGCUCUGAUUGGUGAAGAGGCCGAUGCCUCUGACUUCAGUGAAGAAUUUGAAGACGAGCCGGCCGAGGAAUCGCUUUCGCUCACCGACAGACUCUCCGGAGUGAAAAUCGCUUCUGUUUCCACGGAAAACGUUGUGGAAACCAAAUUUUCAGAUGGAAAACCUCGUCUGCUGAGACCAGAAAUUGACCCCAAAUAUGACAGUGACGAUAGUGAUCGCGAGGACUUCAACACCAUUGGAAAUGUACCUCUCUCUGCAUACGACGAGAUGCCCCAUAUCGGUUACGACAUCAACGGUAAAAGAAUCAUGAGACCUGCUAAAGGCUCUGCUCUGGAUCAACUGCUGGAGUCGAUUGAGCUUCCAGAGGGAUGGACGGGUCUUUUGGACCAGAAUACCGGAGCCUCGCUCAACAUCUCUCAAGAAGAGCUUGAGCUGAUUGCUAAACUGCAAAGAAACGAGUCCACGGACGAUUCCAUCAACCCAUAUGAGCCAUUGAUUGAAUGGUUUACCAGCAAGCCGGAAGUGAUGCCCUUAACGGCUACUCCGGAGCCAAAACGUCGUUUUGUCCCCUCCAAGCACGAGGCCAAGCGUGUCAUGAAAAUUGUCAAGGCCAUUCGUGAGGGACGGAUCGUCCACCCAGACAAGCGCAAGGAACUCGAUGAAAGUGACCAGUACAACUUUGAUCUUUGGAAGGAUGCUGGUGACUCUGUUGACCACAUAAUGACUUUGCGUGCUCCAAAGCUAGCACCCCCCACCAACGAGGAGAGUUAUAAUCCUCCAGACGAGUAUCUUUUGACCGAAGAAGAGAAGAAGCAAUGGGAAGAGACUGAGCCAUCUGAGCGUGAACGCAACUUCUUGCCUCAGAAAUUUGGCUCUCUAAGAAAAGUUCCAGGAUAUGGUGAGAGCAUUCGUGAACGCUUCGAAAGAUCUCUGGAUCUUUACUUGGCUCCAAGAGUUAGGCGAAACAAGCUUAACAUCGACCCCGAAUCCCUGGUUCCAGACUUGCCUUCUCCAAAGGAUCUGAGACCUUUCCCCAUCCGGACCUCGACUGUUUACGAGGGCCAUAAUGGAAGAGUGAGGGCCAUCUCUAUUGACCCAUCUGGACUAUGGCUUGCUACGGGUGCCGAUGAUGGAACCGUGAGGAUAUGGGAAGUCUUGACCGGAAGAGAGGUUUACAGAAGUGUUAUAAUCGACAAUGUCGAGGAGAAUUCCGAAGACCACAUCGAGGCUAUCGCAUGGAAUCCAAACUCGGAUCUGGGACUAUUGGCCGUGGCUGCUGCUGAUACAGUAUACCUGCUAUGUCCACCAGUAUUUGGCUACGAGAUUGAAAAUGCCAGCAGACUCAAGGUUGAGGAUGGUUGGGGUUAUGCUACUGGUGGAGUUUCCUCAGGCAAGGUUGGAACUGCUGGUGCGGACUCAGACUCUGAAACCGAAACUGGGCCUGUAGCGACUAAGAACGAUGUUGCCCAAUGGUUAAAACCAACUGCCUCCCAACAAGCACAGUCUAUAGCAGCGGUCAUCACCACUCGUCGUGGAAACAAUGCAUCUCCGACGAUUAAGAAGGUUUCGUGGCACAGACGUGGAGACUACUUCCUCUCUGUUUCACCAGAAGGAGGAAACCGUACCUCCGUACUGAUUCACCAGCUUUCGAAACAUGCGACGCAAUCGCCGUUCCGCAAAUCCAAAGGAAUCAUCAUGGAUGCCCAAUUCCACCCUUCAAAGCCUCAUCUGGUUGUGGUGAGCCAGCGCUACAUUCGUAUCUACAACCUACAGCAGCAACAGCUGGAGAAGAAGUUGAUGCCGGGUGCAAGAUGGUUAUCGUGUGUGGAUAUUCAUCCUCGUGGUGGCGAUCACCUGAUAGCCGGUUCCUACGACAAGCGUGUGCUGUGGCACGAUCUUGACCUGUCUACGACUCCUUACAAGACUCUGAGAUACCAUGACCGUGCUGUUCGUGCAGUCGCUUUCCACAAGGGCGGUCUUCCUUUGUUCUGCUCUGCUUCCGAUGACGGUUCCAUCCAUGUGUUCCACGGAACCGUCUACGACGAUCUUAUGACGAACCCUUUGCUGGUUCCACUGAAGAAGCUGACUGGCCAUAAGGUAAUCAACAGUCUUGGUGUUUUGUCCGUGUGCUGGCAUCCACGCGAGGCGUGGUUGUUCAGUGCAGGAGCUGACGGUACUGCGAGGUUGUGGACGACGUGA